ACAGGAAAGUUGUGUUGAGUCUGAUUAAUGAUUCCGAUGCAAUAUCUCAAUAAACAUACAAGUCAAAAUAAUAUAUGGAAGAUAUGGAAUACGGUUACACAAGUGUUUGCACCUAAUACAAAAGCAUAUUCAUACCGAGUAGUAAAAUAUGAUCUUGGACAGAUUAGGACUCUUAGUAUAUUACAAGGUGUUGUUGCACGUUAGCAUGUUUCGGUUGAUGUCUAAAACUGAGUGAAGGUAAUACCACUGGAAAAUAAGAUACCAGGUUCUAAAGUUCGUCGUUUAAAGAAUGAAAUGAUUUAUGUAAUUGCAUUUAAUGUCAAAAUAUCACAUUUACGGAUGCCCAACCGUCAGUGAUUAUGCAAUACUUAUUUAACGUGGUCAAACUUUCAAAUCCGGGAUCCAGAGGCCUUUAAAACCAUUAUCCAGUGCCCCUGAUGUUGCAUUGGUGUUUUCAAUAAUACAUCUUCUUUUAAAUACAUAAAAGGGAUACAUUUCAGGAUUUAACCAGCUCAACACUGAUCUCCAGUUUUUUUCUUUGUUCGAUUUAAAUUCUACGAAUUAAGAAACUGACAUAUCUUCUAUAAAAACAGCCUGCAUGUCUGCGUAUCUUUAAGACCUAGAUAGGAAUGAAAUAUCGAAGCGUAGUCUGUAAUAAAAUGGGUGUUGAUUACAUUUUAAUUCAUCAAAAUUAUCCAAUUAGACUUCAAGCUAAAUUACAAAAAAGGAAAACGGCAGCUACUUCCGAUCUCAAAUGGCCAAUAAGCCGCAUCUAUACAACAAAACAUUUUGUGUUGCAGGAAGACGUUCACUCUGCGCGCCCUGGAGUUGCUGAACGUCAGGAGCCGCCAGUCGUCAAGGAGGGAUGCCGCUGAAGGUGUGUGCCUCGCCCUCUAUUGUGCUGUCCGACGGACUGGUGAAAGUGGGCAGUGGUUACCUUAGUUAUUACGGUUCCGAACUGGUCAAUGGGGACCAUCCCAUAAUGUCAUUUACUGACAACUUGGAGAGAAACUCGACUCUUAAGAGCUCCUCUAGCGAGCUGACGAAUCAUUCGCUUGCCAUAUCUUUAUCUGAGGUGAAGGAGUCACAGGAGGAGGAGAAGGGUAGCAAGCGGACGACAGCGCAAGACGCGGUCCCCGAGGAUAGGCACACUGUCGAUGGAUCUAACACCGAGAGCUACUUCUCAUCUCCACUUUGCCAUGCACAGUCCCUUUCUUCUGCUCCAGGUGCCAUGUUCACUUACCCGGGCCAGCAUGGUCCAGCUCACCCGACCUUCUCUAUUACGAGUCCGAACCCCUACAUGGCACAUCAUCCCGUCAUCACCAGUGGACAUUACAACGGACUUCUGACGAGUUCUUCUCGACAAGGAUACCCAGCCGCUGGUUACCCUUAUGCGCAACAGUAUGGGCAUGGUUACCAAGACGGUCCACUAUACCAGUUUUCGGCGGGCCCAGCUAGUCUUCUAUCAGGCAAGGCUCAAGUAUACUUGUGUAACAGGGCGCUGUGGCUGAAAUUUCACAGACAUCAAACAGAGAUGAUCAUUACCAGACAAGGCCGACGGAUGUUCCCAUUUUUGAGUUUUAAUGUUACUGGCCUUGAUCCAACGCUGAAAUAUAAUGUGUUCGUGGAUGUCACCCUCGCGGACCCAAAUCACUGGCGGUUUCAGGGAGGGAAAUGGGUCCCAUGUGGUAAAGCGGACACAAAUGUAACAGCAAACAGGACACAUAUGCACUCGGAUUCACCAAACACUGGUGCGCAUUGGAUGCGUCAGGAGAUUUCAUUCGGAAAACUCAAGUUAACUAACAACAAAGGCGGCUCCAGCCCAGGACAGAUGGUGGUUUUGCAGUCUCUUCACAAGUACCAGCCCAGGCUGCAUGUGGUCGAGGUGAACGAGGAUGGCACUGAAGACACAAAUCAGCAGGGCAGAGUGCAAACCUUUACCUUUCCCGAAACGCAGUUCAUGUCGGUCACAGCUUACCAGAAUACAGACAUCACUCAACUGAAAAUCGACCACAAUCCAUUUGCAAAGGGAUUUCGUGACAACUAUGACACAAUAUACUCCGGGCUCGACAUUGACCGGCUGACCCCGUCGCCAGGUGAUUCGUCACGACCGCAGAUGAUACCCGGGACUCGGUAUGCCAUGGGGAGUCCUUUCUUUCAAGAUCAGUUCAGUCCCUACGCCAAGUCCCAUUUUAACCAGGUGUGUGGAUCUGCCCCUGGUCUUGAUAUCGACAGAACUUCUCUGAUAUCUCAGCAGCAGGCCGACGAUGCAACGACCUCUGCGCAGAGAUGGUUCGUUGCGCCUUCGGGUAACCGGCUUGACUUUCCCACUUCGGGGUAUGACACAGCUGCAGCGGCCGACUUUGCAGGUAACGCGGCCACACUGUUGUCCUACACAGCGGGAGUGAAGGCACUCUCAUUGGCCAGUGCCAGUUGUUCCAGUCGUGCGUUUGGUUACUACACCGAUCCCAAUGGUUGGUCUUCGCGAAGUCCACCGCCCUAUGCUGUUAAAUCCCCAUCUGCUUUAUCAGGCUGGACACCUACCUCCACUGAGAACCGUAUUGAGAAGUCAACUUAUUUGGGGGAUGACGAAAAUGCCGAAGCUGAGAGGUCGUCGUUGCAGGUGUGCGAGGACUCCAAACCCAAGGAUAUGGCAGAAUCUAAUUGGAUAGAAACCCCAACGUCGACUAAAUCAGUGGAAUCAGGCGACUCUGGGAUUUAUGAGCACAGCAAACGGAGGAGAGUAUCCACGCCGGUAACUGCGGGGACAGAGGGUCUGUCUCCUUUAAAAACGGAUUCUACCACCACGCAGGAAUGCGAAAAUAAUACCAAGGAUAUGAAUUACACAUGCUUUUACUCACAGACUUAACUGGCGAAAACCUCAGUGUCGUCAGGCAGUGUACCAUUUGUUUACUAGCCUAAAUGUAUUUUAUGUUUUGCUUUUCAUGAUGAGACUCAAAAAGGCAUAAUAGGCCUACAUACAUGGAUAUUGCCACGAGAAAGGGAUAGGUCUAUACAGGGGAAACUAACAUUGAGUGUUUGAUCAAAGUUUCACAUCAGGAUAUUACUCUGUGUAAGUUUAAUUGUUUGGAAAUAGGCCUACGUCACUGCCAAAUUACUUGUAGGCUACCUUACAAUCUGGUGAUUUUUUAUUUAAUUUUGUGUGGUCGGUAUUUUGACCACAAAGGAUCCCCACUAGGGUCAUCUGAGGGAAAAAAGAGCCAUGUGCAAAUCCGUGCUAGCGGAUUCAUAAUCCGUGCCCACAGAUUUGUAAACCGUGCAAACGACUUUUAAAAACGACUUAAAGACUUUUAAGAGUAGAAGGAACGGAGCAUUUCGACGUUCAGAUAGCAAACAAUCCUAGAAACUAUGU